AGCAGAGAGCGCAGCCGAGCGCCCGGCCCCCCCGCCCUCAUGCUGCACACCGAGAGGAAGAGCCCGGCCAGGCCCAGGGAAGAGAAGGAACCACCAUCGAUACUAGUCACCAGAGAGGACAGUGCAGCCGAAGGAAACAGACCCGUGGCCUCCACUCCAGUGCCCGGCUCCCCCUGGUGCGUGGUCUGGACGGGCGACGACCGGGUUUUCUUCUUCAACCCGACGAUGCAGCUGUCCGUGUGGGAGAAGCCUGUGGACCUGAAGAGCCGCGGGGACCUGGACAGGAUCAUCGAGGACCCCCCCCACAAACGCAAGCUGGAGGCGCCGACACCCGACCACAGCGAUGGGUCUCAGUCUGAGGACGGCAGGGGAGACCGGAACCUGAGGACCAAGAGGAACCGGACAGAAGGCCAUGGGAGUCCUGGGCCGGAGGAGGCAGAAGGACAGGACAAGGGUGCCGGGACGCCGCUGCCCCAGAUCCUCCUGCCACUGGAGGAGCGGGUGACCCACUUCCGAGACAUGCUGCUGGAGCGAGGGGUGUCAGCGUUUUCUACCUGGGAGAAAGAAUUACAUAAAAUCGUGUUUGAUCCACGCUACCUCCUGCUAAACUCGGAGGAGCGGAAGCAGAUAUUCGAACAGUUCGUCAAGACAAGGAUAAAAGAAGAAUACAAGGAGAAGAAAAGCAAACUGCUGCUCGCCAAAGAAGAAUUCAAAAAGCUUCUGGAGGAGUCUAAGGUGUCACCCAGGACCACAUUUAAGGAAUUUGCGGAGAAGUACGGCCGGGAUCAAAGGUUUCGACUUGUUCAAAAAAAGAAGGACCAGGAGCAUUUUUUCAAUCAAUUCAUCCUUAUCCUUAAGAAACGGGACAAGGAAAACAGACUCAGGCUACGGAGAAUGAGAUGAGUGUGUAAGCAGCGCGACAAGCCAGGUGCGGGGCGCGGGGCGCGGGGCGCGGGCUGCUCUCCGGGGGUUACUGUUUCAUAUUGAAGCUCUUUUGUACGACGUUCCGAGUUUGACGCAUUUCUAAUUGCCGUGGUAGGUCGCUCCCUUAAUUGUUUUAAUUAUGCAAAUUCCUUGUAAUAUAUACAAAUUAUAAAUCUGCUGCGGGUUUGUAACUCAGCAGAAACAUCUAUAACCGUCUCCAGGCGUUUUCAUGAGUUGAGCCGAUUAUCUGAAACUUUUCUGGAAACCUUCGUGCUUCCUCGAUGCCGAGCUCCUUCCUCAAGUGUGCUAGGUCUCGGUGCCGUGUUCUGAGUAGUAGCCGUAGGACAUUCAUCACCAAUCAUAGUGACGACCGUGAGCAUCUCUGCACGUGGACCCUGGACCCCUGCAGGAGUCAACGGGCAUCGCCUUGUUCCCAAGGGGGUGCCGGGCCCGGAGAGGAUGGCUGCACUGCCAGAGGUCCUACUUAAAAUGGAAUUAUUUUGUACAAAAUCAUCAUAUUAAUAUUUGAGUUAUUUUUAUUGUAUGCCCAGAGUUUGCAUGAGAUUUUUCUCAUCAUCUUUGUAUAAAAAGAAUUUUAAAUUUUUUUUAAUUAAUA